GUCGACAAACUCUCACAGCUCGAUAUCGAUCCUUAGCUAGCGCAGUAAUAAUGGCCGAGGGCACAGUCACACACAUCGGCAAGCGCAGUGUGGUAAGCUCACGAUGGCAUGCAGAACCCGGAAAAUUUUGCCACUUAUCUGUUCUCGAUCGCCUAAUGGAACAAAACCAAGUGAAGAUUGUUUACUAUUAUCCAUCUCGGGGAGAUCAUGCAGAGCCUGGAGAGUGGAUCAAGAAGCUGAGGGACUCGUUGUCGUGUGUGCUCACUAAUUUUCCUAUACUGACUGGACGUUUACACAAGAACCAGGAAGGGCAUUGGAUGGUGAAGUGCAAUGAUGGAGGAGUAAGAAUGGUAGAGGCUAAGGUGAAAGGGAGUGUGGAGGAUUGGUUAAAGAGUGUGGAUAGGGAGAAGGAACUUAAACUUCUUUAUUGGGAGGAAAUGUUCCACAAACCCUAUCAUUGGCCUGCAGUUUAUGUUCAGGUGACUGAAUUUGAAAAAGGUGGGUUAGCUAUUGGCUUGAGCUGCUGUCACCUGCUUGCUGAUCCCAUUUGUGCCACUAUGUUUUCCAAGGCUUGGGCCGAUACCACCCUCUCUGGAAUAAUGUCAACUCCUCCUUUGUUCCAUUCAUUGCCGCUAACAAAAGCUGAUUACAGCAAGAUCCCAAACGACGAAUCCUGUACUGACUUGAUUAACUACUACAAAUACUCCAUUGAGAGACUAACUCCUUUGACCACCAAUCAAAAAUACGCCACCGUAACUUUAUCAUUCACUGAUUCCAUGGUGCGAGACUGUAUUGCCAUGGCUCAAGCUACCGGUGCUUCAGGUAAGUCUGGCUCACCAGCAUUUGAGGCAUUGGCAGCCCUAUUUUGGGUUUGUUUAAGCAAGGUGAAAGCAACGAAAGGAAGGCUUUUCAACAUGUCACUUUGUUUAGAUAUGAGAAAUUGCCUUGGCUUGGAUCCAGGGUUUUUCGGAAACUGCAUGGUGUGUAACAAGGUUCAUUUAGAAUCUGCGGGUGAAACCAUGUUACCAGAAGCUACAAAGGCUAUAAGCGAAGUGGUGAAAAAAAUGAAUGCUGAAGGGAUCAAGGAUUUGAUCCAGUGGUUGAAAUGCAAUGAUAAUCAAACUGUUCCAUUGAUGAAUGAUUAUGAUCUUAUUUGCGUAAACUUAGAGGGAGUGAACCCAUAUUUGGCCACGUUUAAAGAUCAAUUGGAACCACUUCAGGUAUCUUAUUAUGUGGAACCAAUGGUCGGACCGGGGCAAGUGCUGAUAUCUCGAUCAGCGCCAGGUGAAGGUCCAUUGAGCAGAGUGGUCAUGGCUACACUCCCGGAGGAUGAGGUAGCUAAGCUAUGUGAGGAUGAUCUUAUUCAACGCUUCUCUCCAGCUGUUUUGAUGGGAACAAACAAAAACUAGCAUGACUGAAAUUAGUUGUUGUUUGCCAAGCCACUGAAAUUUGGCAAAAGGGCAUUUAUAAAAGUAUACCUUAAAAGAUAAGAUAUUUUUAAAAAUAGUUUUUUUUUAUAUAAUUUUAACUGUUUUAAAUUAAGUUGGAUAAAAUUAUUCAUAAUG